ACUGGUUAUUUCGCGCCAUUUUUUUUUCUUCAGAACCUAGCGUACAAGACAAUAACGAAUAUGCAGUUUCUUACAGGAGUUUGUUUGGUUCUAGCGCUAGCAUCGCUCUCAUCGUGUCAAAGUCAAGACGCAAUAGUUAGGAAUGACUUCGAAGGACCUAAUCCAGAUGGAUCUUACAAAUGGGCAAUACAGACAGAGGGUGGUGUCUUCCACGAGCAACGCGGCGGCUUAGAACCAAGCUCCAGUGGCGAGCCAGCGCUCGUCGUCGAAGGACAGUACCAGUACGUUGCACCGGAUGGGCAAACGAUAAACGUCCUUUACAAAGCGGACGAGAACGGCUUCCAACCUACCGGCGAUCAUCUGCCCACCCCGCCACCAAUACCUCCAGCAAUCGCUCGCGCGCUCGCCUAUCUAGCCACCAAACCACCGCCAACGGAUUCUGAUUAUUAAAUUACCUCACGUGUUCUAUGUUACUUAACAUGGAUCCCGUGCAUUUCCAGCAAUUCCAUGUUAUGCCGUCGUCCAUCUCACACACUCGGCAGUAAGUUUCCGCCUAAAAUCUGAAGUGUAAAGAGUGGGAGCCUGGAGUUCUGGCCCAACAUCCGUCCAAAACAAUUAUUGAGAAAUAAUUAAUACUCGAGCAAAUUAAAAGGCGCGUGAUGCGAAUGAAGCGUCUCACGUGAUAUUGUGUUUUGAUUUGGUCGAGUAUUACGGACAGAGA